AUGUCAGUAUCAAAAAGAACAUUUCGGAUGUUCGUGGAGGAAGAACUAGGUGAAUUCCCACAUUUCGUGGUAGGAGCCAUGCUCGAAUGGUUACUAAUAGCCUCCCUUUUCAUCGACCGGUUUCUUGCAUUUAUGUCAAACAAAUUCGCCAUGAUGUUCGAACUGGACCCACCGUGCGUUUUGUGCACACGAAUCGACCAAUCCCUCGUGGGCACCAACCCUAGCACCUACUACAACAACUCCAUAUGUGAAUCACACAAAAAAGACAUCUCCUCCUUAGCCUACUGUCACGUCCAUCGAAAAUUAUCUGAUAUCCGAAACAUGUGCGAAGCGUGUCUCCUCUCAUUCGCAACAGACAAAGAAGCAGAUUUCGAUGAGAUCAAGAAACCCGUUGAGCAAAAAGACACGGUUGCCCCUAAGGAUCAACAAAAAGACGAUGACAACAACAUGUCAACACCGAAGAAUCUGAAACCGGUGAAAACAAAAGCAACGAAUGGGAAUAAUGGUGGUAGUAGUAAGGAUGGUGAGAUGAUGAGCAAGUGUUGUUGUUGUGGUGAACCUUUUACUACAAGAACUCCUUCAAAAGCUUUUGUUAGGACACCUGCGCAUUUACACGGGACAUCUGUUUUGACCCCUAGAGCGCCAUUGACGCCAAUGGGAUGGCGGAAUGAUGAUGCCAAGAAUAUGGAGUUGCCUCAUGUUAGGUAUGCACCGCCUAAUUUUACAUCGGAUAAUGAAGCAGAUGUUGCUAAAAAUAACAAAGGAUCGAAUACUGAGUCUAAAGGUAAAGAGGAGAUGAAAUCCGCAACAAAUCCACUACUACCUGAUUCUGAUGAACUAAAUGAUGAAUCUUUGAAAACCCCAAAAGGAAACAAGUUCUUCGGGGUCCCACUUGCGGAAGUUAUUGUCAACAGUCCAAGAUUCGCCAACAAACUACUACCCAAAAAACUUCCAUUAGAAAAACUCGAUUUCCUCUCCGAUGAUGAGGGACCCGAAGAUGGGGAUUCCAUUUCCAUUGUUCAUCACCUCAAAAAACAAGUCCGUGCAGACAGAAAAAUACUCACGGAUCUCUAUCAAGAACUUAACGAAGAGCGAAGCGCUUCGGCUGUCGCAGCUAAUAAUUCCAUGGCGAUGAUUACUCGAUUGCAAACCGAGAAAGCUUCAAUUGAAAUGGAGGCGUUGCAGUAUCAAAGAAUGAUGGAAGAACAAGCAGAGUACGAUCAAGAAGCCAUUCAGAUACUUAAGGACAUGCUUAUUCAAAAGGAGAAAGAAAUCACAAUGAUGGAAAAGGAGCUUCAGAUUUAUAAAGAGAAAUUCGGAGAAAUAAACAAGGAAGAUAUCGAGAGAUUUGCACGUGAUCGUGAUGAUUUUGAAAGCGAGAGAUUUCAGCUUUCUGGGAUGUUGAACAACUUGGAAAAUCUUAUACAUUCGAAUACAGAUGAUAAAGGCGUUGGUUAUAACAAAGAUAUAGAAGAAGAAAAGAAAGCUAGCUUGGAAAGAGAGAUGUCUUUGAUUAAAGAAAGAAUGAGUGUGAUGGAAUCAGAUAAUGAAUAUCUGAAGCACACAGGAAUGGCACUUCAAAAGGGUGAUGAAAGAGCUGACCUUCUUACAGAGAUAGCUCAAAAUCUUCGAAAGCUCAGGGCAUGA